UGACUUUUAUUAUUUGUUUUUACUUAUAGAAUUUAAGUUCAACUAUGCCUAUACUUGAAGUAAAGAUUAUUUCACUGUUCGAAGAACUUGAAAAUGAAAAUCAAUUCUGUCUUGCAAUCGCUAGUUUAUUGUAGUGCAGAGUAUAAGGUUAAGUGCAAGUUUCUUGAAUUCAGAAAACUUGUCUUCAGAUGACUUAAAUGACAUCUUUGAAAAGAACUUCUUCACGGAGAUUUAGAUUCAUGAGAUCGUGCUAUGUUUAUAUUUCUAUUCUAAGAUGUUGUCUGCUGUUGCUGUCGUCUUGUUAAUUACACUGCAGGCCAUACAAACACCAACAGCACAAACUAUCGGUUCCUGUUCCUUUGUUUUCCAUGGGACUAGUGUACACGGAGUGUCUUAUUACAGUCUGACCACCAUAACGGCGACCGAGUGUCGGACAAACUGCUUCAGUGAUACCAGAUGUAACGGUUACACCCACAAAAGUAGUGUGGACAGGUGUAGAUUGCACGAGACGACACAGUAUCAGUCCAACUCCUGUUCUGAUUGCUCGUUUUAUUCCAAAGUCUGUGACACAACCACAACCAUGCAAAUACCAACAACACAAACCAUCGGUUCUUGUUCCUUUGUUUUCCAUGGGACUAGUGUACACGGAGUGUCUUAUUACAGUCUGACCACCAUAACGGCGACCGAGUGUCGGACAAACUGCUUCAGUGAUACCAGAUGUAACGGUUACACCCACAAAAGUAGUGUGGACAGGUGUAGAUUGCACGAGACGACACAGUAUCAGUCCAACUCCUGUUCUGAUUGCUCGUUUUAUUCCAAAGUCUGUGACACAACCACAACCAUGCAAAUACCAACAACACAAACCAUCGGUUCUUGUUCCUUUGUUUUCCAUGGGACUAGUGUACACGGAGUAUCUUAUUACAGUCUGACCACCACAACGGCGACCGAGUGUCGGACAAACUGCUUCAGUGAUACCAGAUGUAACGGUUACACCCACAAAAGUAGUGUGGACAGGUGUAGAUUGCACGAGACGACACAGUAUCAGUCCAACUCCUGUUCUGAUUGCUCGUUUUAUUCCAAAGUCUGUGACACAACCACAACCAUGCAAAUACCAACAACACAAACCAUCGGUUCUUGUUCCUUUGUUUUCCAUGGGACUAGUGUACACGGAGUAUCUUAUUACAGUCUGACCACCACAACGGCGACCGAGUGUCGGACAAACUGCUUCAGUGAUACCAGAUGUAACGGUUACACCCACAAAAGUAGUGUGGACAGGUGUAGAUUGCACGAGACGACACAGUAUCAGUCCAACUCCUGUUCUGAUUGCUCGUUUUAUUCCAAAGUCUGUGACACAACCACAACCAUACACAUACCAACAACACAAACCAUCGGUUCCUGUUCCUUUGUUUUCCAUGGGACUAGUCUACACGGAGUGUCUUAUUACAGUCUGACCACCAUAACGGCGACCGAGUGUCGGACAAACUGCUUCAGUGAUACCAGAUGUAACGGUUACACCCACAAAAGUAGUACCGACAGGUGUAGAUUGCACGAGACGACACAGUAUCAGUCCAUCUCCUGUUCUGAUUGCUCGUUUUAUUCCAAAGUCUGUGAAACAACCACAACCAUAGAAAAUCCUACUACACAAGUAUUUGAUACUUGUACCUUUGUUUUCCGUGGGACUAGUCUACAUGGAGUGUCCUAUUACAGCCAGGUAACCGUGACAGCGACCGAGUGUCGGACAAACUGCUUCAGUGAUACCAGAUGUAACGGUUACACCCACAAAAGUAGUGUGGACAGGUGUAGAUUGCACGAGACGACACAGUAUCAGUCCACUUCCUGUUCCGCAUGUUCCUUUUUCGACAAAGUCUGUGACACAACUACAUCAAUAGAAUCCCAAACAUCACAACUCUCUGAUUCCUGUAUCUUUAAUUCCCAUGGGACAAAUCAAAGCGGAGUGAAUCCUUACGAUCAACCUACCAUGACAGCGACCGAGUGUCGGACAAACUGCUUCAGUGAUUCCAGAUGUAACGGUUACACCCACGAGAGUAGUACCAACUAUUGUAGAUUGCACGAGACGACACAGAAUCAGUCCACUUCCUGUUCUGAUUGCUCUUUCUUUUCCAAAGUCUGUGACACAAUCACAUUACCGACAACAGCAAGUCAUGAGCCUCCUGACUGUUUGGUGACAUCAUUCAUUGAUCAUGGUUCGGGCACAAAUGGUUUUAAUGAUCGAACUAUUUCUGUGACGAAUUCUUCAUCUGACUGUCAAACAUUGUGCGAAAACAAUUCAAAUUGUCGAGUUUUUGUUUUUGAAAACGGAAACGGCACAUGCAGUCUAAAUACAAAGGACAUGGUAUGGCAAACUCUCUCGCAGUCUACAUGUGAAGAACAAUGCCGAAACGAUGAGACUUGCAAAGGUUAUUCCUACAAAACUAGCACACAUGCAUGUGCCCUUGGUAACCUGGAUGUUUCCCGAUACGGAAGCCAAUCCAUCAACUUCUUUGCAAAGAAGUGCGGAUCAGAAAUACAUCCAACCACUUGCCACGGUGCAUCAUAUUUUCAAUUUGGACCUUAUCAUAGAGUGCAAAGAGAUGAAACGCAACAUUCAUCGAAUUCCUUCAUGCACUGCAGAAGUGCGUGUCUUAAUGACGUCAGCUGUAGAGAUUACAGAUACAACAAGACGGGUAGAGCGUGCAGAUUAAGCGCAACCGAAUUUAUGGGAAGAAUCGCAAGAUCCCUGCUGAAGUGUGAGAUGAUGUGCUCGGAAGAUAUUCAUUGUUUUAGCUACUACUUCAAAACUGAUACUAAACGAUGUCGGAUGAGCUACUUGAAUACUAGUAUGGAGGUGUCCUGGUGUGACUCAUGCAUGUUCUCUGUCAAACAAUGUGUUCAUGAAAAUUCAUCAUAUUUGCUGAACACCACGGCCCCAGAGGUCUGCUAUGACUAUUAUACAAUUGGAAUGGGAAUAUCAUCAACCUAUUCUGUUCUACAUGCCUCCACAUGGACAGAGUGUGAAAUGCAUUGCUCCAAUAAUGACAAUUGCAAUAGUUACCAAUAUAAUAAGAACGGAAGCAAUGCUUGUCUCCUUAGUCAACAUACCACUCCGAAUGCCAGCUGCCCUUCGUGUAGCUUUGCAUUUAAACGCCCCUGUGAGAUAACAACAUCCAUAUCAACGGCAUAUUCAAAAGAAUCAACUGAUGAAUAUCCAUUUACCUCUAUGAAUUCAAAUACAAGAACUCAAACUUCAACGACUUCAGAGGGACCCCCUUCACUCUCUUCAGAAACAACACCUUCUUUACAAGAUUUUCCUCCGACAUCCAGCAAUUCAUUUAAAGCCAAAACUUCAGCAACAUUGGCAAAAUCGUCCUCUGAUCUAGAACCACAACUUUCCUCACAAGAAUCGACCCAAGGUUAUCCUUCGACAAUUACCAACUCAUAUACAACUCAAAGUUCAACUAAUUCAGAGGACAUGUCUACUGAUUUAGAAACAACAGAAUCUAUAUCAUAUACACCAUUAACUUUUUCACAGGAAUCAACACAAGAAUAUCCACCACAAUCUACGAAUUCAUAUACAACCCAAAGUUCAACUGUGUCAGACAUAAUAUCUCCUGAUGUAGAUUCAACGCCAUUUAUAUCAUAUUUACCAACAACGUCCUCACAGGAAUCAACACAAGAUUCUUCAUCAGUAUUUACCAAUUCAUAUACACCUCAAAGUUCAACUAACUCCGAGAAUUUGUCUCCUGGUUUAGAAACAACACAAUAUAUAUCACAUUCAUCAACAGCUCCUUCACAGACAUCAACACAAGAUUCUGCGUCAGUAUCUACCAAUUCAUAUACAACUCAAAGUUCACCUAACUCCGAGAGUUUGUCUCCUGAUUUAGAAACAACACAAUAUAUAUCACAUUCAUCAACAGCCCGUUCACAGAAAUCAACACAAGAUUCUGCAUCAGUAUCUACCGAUUCAUAUAUAACUCAACGUUCAACUAACUCCGAGAAUAUGUCUCCUGAUUUAGAAACAACACAAUAUAUAUCACAUUUAACAACAGUUUCUUCCCAGGAAUCAACACAAGAUUCUUCGUCUGUAUCUACCAAUUCAUAUACAACUCAAAGUUCACCUACCUCCGAGAACUUGUCUCCUGAUUUAGAAACAACACAAUUUAUAUCACAUUUAACAACAGCUCCUUCACAGAAAUCAACACAAGAUUCUACGUCCGUAUAUACCAAUUCAUAUACAACUCAAAGUUCACCUACCUCCGAGAGUUUGUCUCCUGAUUUAGAAACAACUCAAUCUAUAUCAUAUUUACCAACAGCUUCUUCACAGGAAUCAACACAAGAUUCUGCAUCAGUAUCUACCAAUUCAUAUACACCUCAAAGUUCACCUAACUCCGAGAGUUUGUCUCCUGAUUCAGAAACAACACAAUCUAUACCAUAUUUUACGACAGUUUCUUCACAGGAAUCAACACAAGAUUUUGCAUCAACUUUUACCAAUUCAUAUACAACUCAAACUUCAACUAACUCCGAGAGUUUGUCUCCUGAUUCAGAAACAACACAAUCUCUAUCAUAUUUAACAACAGUUUCUUCCCAGGAAUCAACACAAGAUUCUUCGUCAGUAUCUACCAAUUCAUAUACAACUCAAAGUUCACCUACCUCCGAGAACUUGUCUCCUGAUUUAAAAACAACACAAUUUAUAUCAUAUUUAACAACAGCUCCUUCACAGAAAUCAACACAAGAUCCUGUGUCCGUAUAUACCAAUUCAUAUACACCUCAAAGUUCACCUAACUCCGAGAGUUUGUCUCCUGAUUCAGAAACAACACAAUCUAUACCAUAUUUUACGACAGUUUCUUCACAGGAAUCAACACAAGAUUUUGCAUCAACUUUUACCAAUUCAUAUACAACUCAAGCUUCAACUAACUCCGAGAGUUUGUCUCCUGAUUCAAAAACAACACAAUCUCUAUCAUAUUUAGCAACAGCUCUUUCACAGACAUCAACACAAAAUUAUCCAACAGUAUCUACCAAUUCAUAUACAACUCAAAGUUCAACUAACUCCGAGAAUAUGUCUCCUGAUUUAGAAACAACACAAUAUAUAUCACAUUUAACAACAGUUUCUUCCCAGGAAUCAACACAAGAUUCUUCGUCAGUAUCUACCAAUUCAAAUACAACUCAAAGUUCACCUACCUCCGAGAGUUUGUCUCCUAAUUUGGAAACAACUCAAUCUAUAUCAUAUUUACCAACAGCUUCUUCACAGGAAUCAACACAAGAUUCUGCAUCAGUAUCUACCAAUUCAUAUACACCUGAAAGUUCAACUAACUCCGAGAAUGUGUCUCCUGAUUCAGAAACAACACAAUUUAUAUCAUAUUUACCAACAGCUCUUUCACAGGAAUCAACACAAGAUUAUCCAACAGUAUCUACCAAUUCAUAUACUACUCAAAGUUUACCCACCUCCGAGAAUGUGUCUCCUGAUUUAGAAACAACACAAUAUAUAUCAUAUUUAACAACAACUCCUUCACAGGAAUCAACAGAAGCUUCUUUGCCAGUAUCUACCAAUUCGUAUACUACUCAAAGUUCAACCAAUUCCGAGAAUAUGUCCCCUUAUCUAGAAACAACACAAUCUAUAUCAUAUUUACCAACAACUUCCUCACAGGAAUCAACAAAAGAUUCUUCAUCAACAUCUACCAAUUCGGAUUUAACUCCUGACCUUUCAACGACAACAUUUUCUACAUACAUAUUAACACGUUCUUCACAAGAAUCAACGCAAGAUUUUCCAUCAAUAACAACAAAUGUGUAUACAACAAGUCAAACACCAACUAAUUCGGAGGACCAGUCUCCUGAUCUGAAGACGACACAAACUGCAUUAUAUCCGUUAAUAGCUUCUUCCCAAGAAUCAACACACGAUUCACUGUCGACUUUUACCAAUUCAUAUGCGACAACUCAAACUUUGAAUCACUCUGAAGAUUCACACUUUUCAUCAGAAACAACAGAAUCUGCAACACGUGCAUUAAUAACAGAAUCUGCAACACGUGCAUCAACAACUGAAUCUGCAACACGUGCAUCAACAACAGAAUCUGCAACACGUACAUCAACAACAGAAUCUGCAACACGUGCAUCAACAACAGAAUCUGCAACACGUGCAUCAACAACAGAAUAUGUAGGGCAAGUAUCAACAGAAAAAAGCGUCAGUUCACAACAUUUAUCAAAAACCACCAACUCAUUUACAACUACCAAUCCUGUACCCGUUUCGAACGAUUUGCAUCCUACUUCAGACACAAGACAACCUACAACAUAUGAGGCAACAGUCACAAUUUCCAGUUCACAAGAUUCCUCUCAAAAUCCCCUUUUCAUAUCCACGAAUUCAUAUUCGACAACUCAAACUGAAGCUAUUCUAGAAACAGUAUUCUCUGAUGCACAGACGACAAAAUCUGUAUCACAGACGUCAACAGAAAGAGACACCGCUACACAAGGUUAUGCAGAGGUCAAACAAAUAUCAAAUGGGACUGUCAAAUGUACCUGUAUCUGUCAACAUAACAACUACACUUUAGAAGAAGCGAUUGAGUUAAGGAAGCAAACAUUACUUGUCAAGAAAACACAAUUGUCAUCAACGAUCAGGAAACUCACAAGUGCCCCGGAUGUCCGUCAUUCCUCUGCCGUGAUGGGUAAACUAGGCAUCGCUGUCAUAGGCAUGGUGGCCGGUCUCCUUACUUUUGCAGACAUUUGUUCUGUAUCGUUAUUCAUCUGUAAUGUUUUUAAAAAGCAUGUUAAAUGUCAGUUGAUGAGUAAAGACGAAGAAAAAUCACGCAUGGUAUAAUAUACCUUAUGCUGGUUUUGUGAAUAUUUGUUUUUUCUCUUCUUUAAUGAAGAAGGAACAGUUCGACUAUUUUUUGUUGCGAGUGUUGUACAUUACAGAGAUCAACAGUCGAUAUUUAUCAUAGCAGUUAACAUUUUUCAAAGCAUUUAUCGAGUGGUUAACUCUGAACGUUUUACUCACAAACUGAAUGCAUGUGUUAAGUACUUUUAUGUUAAGUUUGUGAGUAAAAUGUCCAGUUUAGUUGCACAUCGAAAAAUUCUUCAAAAAGAAUGUUUGGUUCUUGUAAUUCCAAUUGGUUCACUGUAUUAACAAUUUCGAAUAUUUGUUCGUAUUGUUUCUUGCUUAACGUCCCUCUUGAAAAUUUAUCACUCAUAAGAAAACGUCAUCAAGACCGGUGAUGGGCUUCAAAUUUAGGCCUACACUCGGCGCUUAUGGCCAUUGAGCAGUGGGGGUUCUUUAGCGUGCCACAUCUACUGUGACACGGGACAUCCGUUUUAAGAUAAUCUCCGAGGACCCGUGACAUUCACACCUGAUGUCGAGCGUUUGACGAUGGAACUGGCACUACCUGUUUAAACGACUUAGGUCUGUCGCGGCCGGGAUUCGAAUCCCGACCUUCCGCAUGCGGGUCGAACGCUCUACCUCUAGAACACCGCGACGGUCUAAUAUUUGAAUAGUUUCCCGCAAUAUAUCAUCUGUUUCCUGGCGCGUAUGAAUACAUUGCCUUCUCGGAUUUAUUGAAUAUCUGUAAAUCUCGUUCAGCUUUAUUUUUGUCCAUUCAAAACAAUUUUGAUAAAUAACAUUGGAAUUAUACUGUAGAAAAUAAGACUAGAAUAUCUUAGAGAUCAAUGCAAGUUUAUAUAAAUUGUAGACAUCGAUAUUUGAUUGUAUAUUUUGUAGACAUCGAUAUUUGAUUGUAUAUUUUGGAGAUCGAUAUUUGAUUGUAUAUUGUGGAGAUCGAUACUUGAUUGUAUGUAGGGAAGAUCGAUACCAGAUUGUAUGUUGUGGAGAUCGAUACUUGACUGUACAUUGCAGAGAUAGAUACUUGAUUGUAUAUUGUUAAGAUCGAUACUUGACUGUAUAUUGUGGAGAUCGAUACCUGAUUGUAUAUCGUGAAGAUCGAUAUUUCAUUGAAUAUUGUGGAGAUCGAUACUUGAUUGUAUAUUGUGGAGAUCGAUAUUUGACUGUAUAUUGUGAAGAUCGAUACUUGGCUGUGUAUCAAUUUUGGACCGUAUAUCAUACCCGAAAGACCUGUUAUUUUCAUUGAUACUGUCAGGCGCUUGGAGUAGGAACUAUCAAUAAGGUGACUAAAUAUCAAAUACAUUUAGAUCAACUUAUUCACUAUUUCAGGUAUUGCUUAUUCUAAGGAUAUUUCAUUUAAUGUUAUACAGCAUUUGUAAAUAAAAUUAUUUUUCUUACAGUU